GACUCACACUACAUUUCCCGUGAGCGCGCACAGCUCCCGCCCUACCCCCCACCCCGCACCCACGUCCGAUCUCAGUAGACGGUGGCCGGAGAGGGACAAUGGUUUCCAUGUCAGCGGGCCCACGCGCUCGCCAGGGGAAAGAUGCCGUGAGUGAGCGAGUGCGUGCUGAAGGACGAUGAAGCGACCAGAGAUGCGGGUGGCCGGUAGUGCAAGAGCCAUGCCGCGCCGAGGCCUCGUGGAGGGGCCGGACUUUGAGUUUUUCCAGCGUCGCUAUUUCACGCCAGCCGAGGUGGCCCAGCACAACGUGCCGGAAGACCUGUGGGUGUCCUACCUGGGAUCCGUGUACGACCUGACGCCGCUGGCUCGCAAGUACAAGGGAGACCUGUUGCUAAAACCCAUCAUUGAAGUUGCGGGCCAGGACAUCAGCCACUGGUUCGACGCGAAGACCGGAGACAUCCGCAAGCACGUCGACCCGCUGACCGGCACCCUGAGAUACCGCACCCCCCGGGGCCGCUUCCUGCACGUCCCGCCGCAGCUGCCGCGUUCAGACUGGGCCAAUGAUUUCGGGAAGCCCUGGUGGCAGGGGGUGCGUUAUGAGGUGGGGCGGCUGUCUGCCAAGACCCGCAACAUCCGCAUCAUUAACACGCUCACGUCGCAGGAGCACACGCUGGAGGUGGGGGCUGAGGAGUCCAUGUGGGAGAUCCUGCACCGCUAUCUCCCCUAUAAUGCACACGCAGCCAGCUAUACAUGGAAGUAUGAGGGCAAGAAACUGAACAUGGAUUUCACCCUGGAAGAGAACGGGAUCCGGGAUGAGGGUGAAGAUUUUGACUAUCUCAACAUGGACGGUGCCCUCUACACACCUGCCAUUCUGCUCUACUUCAAUGAUGACCUCACAGAGCUGUAGGAGUGGAGCCGAAAGCUUAUGUAGACUCAGGAUGUAUUUUGAAUUUGGCUGUUUCUGUGCCCUGGAAGGGGGGGUGCGGGGUGCGGGGUGCGGGACGUAGACCUCCACUCCACUCUGGGAACUGGCCUGUGGUUCCCGUGUCCCUCUGAAGCGUAGAGGUCCUACUUCCCAGGCCCACUGUGAUUAGCUCAAAGUUAGGGAGAAUGCUAGAAGCACAUUCAUUCAUUCUCAGGAGUGACACGAGAAGAUGAGUAUUUUGGAUUAGGGAGACAGCCAGAGCUCAGGCAGAACUUUCUGAUGGUCGGAAAGGGAGGAGUCCUACACAGGGAUGAGGGAUGGGAGAAGUUUCAUGGCAGUGAUGGGAAUGGGGACGGCUGCAGGAGGAUGGGACUGCCACAGACAGGAACGGGAAGUGUCCAUCGCUGGCCAUACGGAACUGGCUGAUCUGCCUUCUGAACUUGAUAGUUGAAACCCCAAAGGGAAGAAAGGAAGUGAAGGGGUAGUUGGUAAUUCAGUCCGGAGCUUAUGGUACGUGCCUCAUACACCCUUUUAAAUACAACUACUCCGAGAGAUGGGCACCAUCACCACGAUUUUACACGAUUUUUAGAUUUCUUUUUGAAGCUUAAAAGAUUCUUUCCAUAUUUGGCUUUAGUAAAUGAUUGAUGACCCCAGGCAGCAUCCCAUCCAGCAAGUAGAGGGAACUCCUGAAGCUCGGCAAGAUUUAGGGCAGGAAGGCACACUAGUUAGUGGCCAGGGUGCAAACUCAAGUCUAAAUCUGAAGCUGAUGUUCUUCCUGUGUAGAGAGGCUCUCCCUGUCUUAGGCUGGUCACAAAAGACAGCCACCUUUGAGGGGAGAGUGGCCGGGUUCGUCUCCUUUAACCCCGGUGAGGGAGGGGAAUGAGGAUGACAGGAGGUGAAUUUCUCAACAGUCUUGGGCCAGAAAGGAUCGGGGAGAGAGGUGCAUGGGCCUGCCUGGCCAGAGUGGGGCAGGAGGGAGGGGGGGUGGGGGGGGCACCAGAGCCCAGGCAGGGGAGAGGAAGCACUGGGCCUGCUGCCCAGGCGUUUUCGGAGAGGCUGGCCAGGAAAGGCAUGGACAGAGGCGGAGACCUGUCCCGGCCUCAGGACUUUCUGAAUCACAGGAGACUGAGGGCUUCCACUCAGGCCCAUGUGAUACAAGAGGCCGUGAAUUCACAGAAGCUUUCUGAUGUGCAGUCAGCUCUGCAGUGGUCUCACGUGUAUCUUGUCCUCUCAGUGACACUGACUGGAGAACCCAAGCUAUGCUGCUGCUCCAGCACCAGCCUCUGGUCUGCCUAAACUGCCCCCCCCACCCCCCGCACCCCCAGAGUCUCCCACCGCAGCGCCUCCUGCUGGAAACGCCCCCCUCUCCUCGCACCCUGGUCACUCUCCAAUAGACCCCAGCUCCACAGUGCCUCUGGGACGCGUCCUCUUCCUCUCGGCCGUCAUCACCGCUUGGCCAGACUGCCGUGCACACGUUCCCACCAGCCUCCCAAUUCCACGUCUGACCCCCACACAGCAGCCUGAGUGAGCGCUGAGAACCAAACCCAGGCAUCUGACUUUCCUUCCUUCAGAGUCUUCAGUGCCUCCUGGGUGCUUCGGGAACAAAGUCCCGUCCAUCCAGAGAUGUUGCACAAACCAGCAGGUGCCCCGUCCCCUGCCAAUGCCUCUCCUGUUCCCUGUGUCCCGGCCACACGGGCCGUCUCGCAGCCCACGGAGUGUCUCCCUGCCCCAGAGUCCUCACACACACUGUUCCCUCUGCCUCCACAUGCUUCCUGCCAUCCCCCAACUAGCUGACCCUACAUGCUUCUUCCUCGGGAUCUCUUCUGACUCCUCGGUGUAGAAAGCAGUGUUUUCUAUUAGAGUGUCUCUUAGCAUCACACUUAUUUCAGAGUACUAAUCCAGUGUAAAUUUUAAGAUUACGGAUGUGAUCGGCUGGCUGGCGGCUGGACUCUAAGCUCACAAGGGCAGAGCCCAUGUCCAUCUUGGUCACCACCGUGUUCCCAGUGUCAGGCACACAGUGGCUGCUCAAUAAAUUUUGAUGGAAUGUC